AUGUCCCCAGAAUCAGAAGUAACAAUUAUCAACAAUGAAGAAAACAACACAACAAGCCUCAAUACAUGGGAUGGGGACGAUGAUCCCCGAAACCCCAGAAACUGGUCGACGGCGCGCAAACUAUCCAUUACAUUUUUAGUGAAUUUUGCAACGUUGAACGAUUCUCUCGCUUCAACAAUAUUCAGCCCCGCAGUUCCUCAAAUCCUUCAGGAAUUCCACAUUCACAGCGCCUCCCUCUCCUCCUUUCUCAUCUCAGUCCAUGUCAUAGGCUUCGCCGUCGGCCCCUUGCUCUGUCCGGUGAGCGAGGUAUAUGGACGAAGCCCUAUGAUGCACGCCUCAAAUAUGCUCUUCAUCCUGUCCUCGGUUUUGUGUGCGGUUAGCACAAAUGUCGGGAUGCUCAUCUUCGCGCACAUUCUGAUGGGGUUGGCGGGCUGCGUGCCAGCGGUUCUGGGGGGGAGGACAUUGAGUGUGUGGGCUUGUGGAUCGACGUUUGGAUCCGUGAUAGGUCCGAUUGCCGGUGGAUAUUUGGCCCAGAAGGCAGGAUGGAGAUGGACAUUUUGGCUGGAGGUUAUUGUGUCCGGAUUGACAGCAAUCGCGACCAUAUUCAUCCUAAAAGAAACCUACGCCCCCGUGAUCCUUCACAAGACACGACACCAGAACAACCCAACCCAAUUCCAAACCAACACCCAACUAUUAAAAAUCGCAAUCGCCCGACCCCUAAAAUUGCUCACCCGAUCACCCACCAUCCUCCUCUCAGCCUUCUACACCUCCACCGCAUACGUCUACAUGUACUUCCUAAUCACCAUCUUCCCCACAUUCUUCAGUGCGCGAUACCGCUUCAACGAAGGCGAAGUCGGACUCACCUACCUGGCGCCUAGCAUCGGGCUCGUGCUCGGGCAAUUCAUCUUCGGCCCAUUCCUCGACUGGUACCACACGAAACAGACCCGUAUUCGAGGAUACAGCCUUCCAGAAGAUCGACUUACGCUUCUCUUACCCGGCAACGUCUUCAUCGCUACAGGCCUGUUCUGGUUUGAGUGGUCCGCCCAAGCACAUACCCACUGGGCGGUUCCCCUGGCCAGCACCAUAAUCAUCAAUCUGGGCGUGUUCUGUGUGUUUACUUCUAUUCUGGCGUAUAUUGCGGACUCGUUUGAGUUGCUCUCGGCUAGUGCUCGUGCGGCGAAUGCGAUUGUUCGUUCUGUGCUGGGUGCGGUUUUGCCGCUUUUGGCUCCGAGGCUUUAUGAGGGUUUGGGGUAUGGGUGGGGGUUUACCCUGUUGGGGCUGAUUGUGGUGGGUUUUAUGCCGACGGUGGUGUUGUUUAGGAGGUUUGGGGGUAGGUUAAGGGUGGAUGCUAGGUUUAGGGUUGAGUGA